GCUAUCUCGCUGCUCAUCCAUCUCAUUCCGUUUGCGUUUCUUCGAAGGAAGAUUCGGCAUGAAUUGGACUGAAACGAAUUGGUAUCAGGUUGAAGCGCCUAGCAGCUUGUACACGGCUCAGCUCGCCAUUCGUAUUCUGGCCUUAUGCUUCCUGUCAAACCAUACAUACGCAGAUAUGCUGUAACGAGAUAAGAACAUUGCGACAACGAAGAUAGAAUUCCGAAUAGAUUAUGACAACCGCGUCGGUUCAGGCACUCAAUCCGACAGCCAAACUCGCUACUAAUGAUCAGCUAUUAUCCUUGGAACUCUUCUUUUUUCUUUUUUUUUUUUUGGUGUGGGAGAUGAAUAAGUGAGCUCAACUAUUUAUACUAGUUGUCUAUUAUAUACAGGGGAGCUGCCAUUGUCGAAGGUCCUCUAUCCAUUGUCGUGUCCCAUUGAUCCGAAUCCAAAAUUUGCCUUUCCUUUUGAAAUAACUCGCUCAUUUCUUCUGUCCAAGCUCGAUAGUCUUAUGCUGCUGCGUGGAAUUGGAUGAUAUGCCCGACUCCGUCCCGUUUGAGUCACUCUGCUGAUUUUGCUGCUGAAACUGAAAAUGGAGCCGAAAUUGGAAAUUUUGCCUUUGAUUUGAAUUGUUUGCGUUGAUUCCGGACUUUGAAUUUAUGCUCAAUGUAACUUGAGUUCUUAUUGGGCUUAGCCCUUAAUUAUUUUAUAAUCAUAUUAAUAUAUAACAUAUAAGUAAGAUUUGAUUUUGAAUUCCAUGUGUGGAGCCUGAAGGAUGACUAGCUUGCUACUUGAUUUUGUAAUUAAGACUUUCAUGGGAAGAUUAAGGUCUUGUUUGGUGGCAAGAUGAUUUAUUAGCUGACUUUUUCCAUUUCUCAGCUUUAAAAAAAAUCAUAUUUUUCUGGAAAUGUCUAGCAAAAUGAAAGAAAUUUCAAUGUCAUUUUCAAUUUUUCCCAAAAAGCUUCUUUUUUUUUUUUGCAGUGGAAGGGGCCAAAACCAAAAGAGCUCCACAGCCAAACACACCCUAACUCUCUCUUUGAUAGGCUAGCCAGCUUUACGUUCAUAUCUUUGUUAAUAUAUGCUUCUUCUUCUUUUUUAAAUUUCAGCAACAGGAGUACACAGCAAUGGCUCCGAGAAAGCCCGAUUCGAUCGCUAUGUUUGAUGUUGAUGGAACUUUCACUGCUCCUCGAAAGGUGGCUACUCCUCUGAUGUUAGAGUUCAUGAAGGAACUCCGAAAGAGCUUGAAGUUGUUUCUGGGAGAGGAAAAACUGAAGUGGUUUAUUAAUCUUACGCUUCGCUACAUUGCCAAUUUGGACAUUCCGAUAAAGGGUUGGCAGCACCCACGCCUUCGAAUUAGUUGUUCGGUCGAUUUUUAUGUUUCCAUGGCCUUUUAACUCUGAAAAUAUUCCUCAGGAGAACAUUCAUAGAGUUCAGAAACGGGAUGUUGAAUGUAUCCCCAAUUAGGCGAGACUGCAGCCAGGAAGAAAGAGAUGAAUUUGAAAAAUAUGACGAGGAACCUUUUUAAAAGGUGCUGGAGAUUUCUUUUUAUUCGCAGAUAUGGUAAAUUUAGCUUUACAAGUUCAUUUUCCAAGAACGAUGCAGAUCAUAUAUGAGAAUGCUGUCUAAGCGUGAAGCUUACAAUACCUGGUAGUUGAACGUCAGCUCUAUCUAUUCGAACCGCACUAUGUAUUGGGCAUUAUUAGGAUAGCCACGAUCAUAAAUCUUAUACAACUUUUGUCAAUCCAAUCGCCGGAUUUGAUUAGAAAAUAUUGAAACGACAUCUUUAUAUCGAGUCUUUUCCGUUGAAAAGAAACUCAUAGGCAUUACUUGCUUCUUUAUAUGGCUGAGGUAGUUUUUGCAGAUCGGAUAACAAGGAUUGCUUUUUUGAGCAUUUUCAUGCUGAUGUUAGGCAUAUUCCUUAUGCAAUAUGAUGCGUACAGAUGUUCCCUUGACAAAAAAAUCUGAAUAGUUGUUCAUUCGAGGACAGAUCACUGAAUAUUUGCACAUACUUUUUUGCUUUUCAUGAAUUUCUCUCCCCCAGUUUUUCAGAAAUUAGACAAAACCUUUUACAAUUUCAUAUCUGCAGUCUGAUG